UACAAAUGUCAAGAUUGUCUUGGGGAGCCACUCUAUUGCACUGGCUGUUGCAGAAGUCAACAUCUUUGCAAUCCCUUCCAUUGGAUCAGUCAAUGGAAUGGUCAAUUCUUUGAGCAAAGUUGUCUCGCUCACGUCGGACUCGUCAUACACCUCGGUCAUGAGGGUAAACAUGUCCGGUACUUACGGAUAGGUGGGACUUGUUUGAAGAAGAUGAACCAGAAGACCAGCUUGAGCCUGAAGAUCUACCAUCUGUGUCGGGACCCCGAGUUCCAGCCGAAGGAAAACACCAUGGUCAUCAUUGACAAGUCCGGAGUUCAUCGCCUCCGGGUUCGAUGCUGCGAUUGUCCAAAUGCCAUGAGUCCAGACCUUCAAAUGUUUCGACAUGGAUUUUUCCCCGCUUCAUUUAACAAGCCGAAGACUUUAUUCACCUUCAGGGUUCUCGAUGAUUUUCUAUUGGACAACCUUGAAUGUGGGACCUCGGCGAUGAACUAUUACAGCAAGCUCCGGCGAAUGACCUCGAGGAUGUUUCCACACCUUGUACCGGUAAUGCCAUGUCUCUCUCAUCUAAAGGACAUUAUAUUGACAAGGCAUGGGGCAAGGACCAAUACUGAGAGCUCAUGA